AUGCGCAAGGCUCUUUCCUACACAGAGGGAGUGCAACUCCACCAAUGCUGCGGGGCCAUGCUGCAUUUUUUGAGGGAGUUCCAGCGGAUUGCUCCGCCUGCUGACUUUGAAGACGCACGGGCUUCCCUGUUGUCUCAGUUCUCCUUUGGAUACUUAGAUCCAGACCUCCAACAUUGCAUGGAAACAAGUGUCCCUCCCGGCGACGUCAGCUCUGUUGGAGCUUUCAGGCCGUUUGUCUGCAAAGUCCAGAAUGCCACAAAACGCCAGAAAGAGGAAGCAGAGGAAGCAUUGGCCGCUGAUGUCAGGAAAGCCGAUCUGAAACAAAUUGUUGCGCGAUUGACAUCUGACCUCGAGACUUUGGAAGGCAUGGCUGGAGGUGAUGCCGAAACUGCGAAGCAGACAGCUCUGGACUUGAAGUGGAUCCGAGAACGCCAAGCGAAAGGAGACGCUUUCAUUGACACGUGGAUGCAGGAGAACUGCUUAGUCAUUGAGGUUGAUGCAGACUUUCAACAUGUGGUCCAAGAUUUCAUCAAGUACAAGGAGCAGUUCCGUGGUGUCUCAGGACGAGUGCUGGUCUUGUGUGGCUACGAUGCUACAGUUUUCCCAUCCAACGCAACAUACGUGCGACAAUCCAUCACUGCGCUUGCAACGAUUUUGGGGAUGGGCUCGGACUUCUGUGGCCAUUACCAAGUUCCCGUCUUUCAGUCUCAAACCACUAUGUCUGCGAUGGUCAAACACCGACGCUUGAUCGAGGACCAACUGAUCGCCAACAAGUUGUCGAUCGUGAACAGCUUCCAGCUUCUCUACAGCAAAGAGGAGUCAACAGCCCGGGACACGCGUGCGCUCAGCCAGCAGUGCAUCGGCUUGGUCCAUGGCAACUUCCCAGACAGCAGUUGGUUGGCUUCCCGGGUUUUGGUGGAAGGAAAACUUGGACCAGUACCUUUGCUACCCUUCAACCAAUUCUUGGGCUAUGACGAUACAACCAGGCCAGGAGCUUCGGCCCACAAGCAGGUCCUACAAGGCUUCAUGUCUGGCAUGGACUUCAGAGCGGAUGACCGCCUCUUGUUCGUUGACUUGGUCCCAAACAGGUUCUGCGAAUUUGGAAGGGCUGUUGCCGAGAUCCGGCUUGCAGAUCCAGCUUCACCUUUGCGCUACUUGGGCUUCGUGAAGACCAAAGACUCUGGUGAGCCUUCUGCUUUCAAGGACUUGGUGAACAGUGUGCGGUCCAAGGUGUGGGAGCACUGGGAUUCUAGCACAAUGGCCCCUCCGAAAACCAGACCUCGUGAAGAUGCUGCUGCUGCAGCGCCCUCCCUGCAACUUCUGGCUUUUCAGGAUGGCAGACCAGUAUUUCCUGAAGUUCUGCGCAGCCGUUUCCCGGUUGGAACUGCUGAGCAUGCAGAGGUGGAGACCAUGUUCGAGAAAUUCAAGGAGAAGUUUCCUCAGCAACCACGCCCAAGUGCUCAACCGCAAGGAUCUGCUCCCCGUUCCGGAGGGCUCUGUGACUUCAGCGUCAACCAGGGCAAGAUGCCGGUGGAUCCAAAUCGUCAGGUGGAUUUGGUGCCUGUCAAGGAUGCUGACUUCCAAGUCAGGAGGCUUGGAUCCAUCAGCAUGACGGGAAAGCGGCCAGCUGUUGUCAUGACCAAUGAGUUGGACAUUUGGGUUGGAAACACCAGCGAUGUGGCGUGCACACUAGGGCCAGUUGAACUCUUCGGGUUCAGCACAGGAUCUUUUGAGGAAGUUGUUUCUCGCGGCACCGCCACUGCAGACCAGAGAGGACUUCUCUUCCGCAUGCCAGAGGGUGAUUUGAGCUUGGUUGUUGCAGAGGACAAAGUGAUCUAUCCGAUGUGUGAGUACUUGCGCAUGCUGGCGACACGCCGGGGCAUCAGUGCUGUGGAGAUUGAAGACCACAAGCUUUCUCCAUGGACCCGCCAGGAUGGCGAAGCUGCAGAUCCCCUGCCGGUGUCCUUCCGCUACCAGAUUGGAAGUCUGGAAACUGGGAAGACGCACAUCUUCAAGCCCAAUCCAUUGGAUUCCGAGUCAGCUGUGCGGUCACAAACGAUGGGGGCGCUUCUGAAUGGGAAAUACGACCAGCUGGCGACCAAUCCGCGCUUGCAGGUCCUUUGGGAGGAGGGAGAAGACGACUGUCCUGAUGCCAAAGCGCGUGAGAAGAUUGAGAAAGCCUCUAUUGCGAAAGCCUCUACUCCGGAAGUCAAGGCCAAAGCUUCUCAGAAAGCGAAAGGGAAACUUGCACGACAGGCAGCUGGGGCCCGUGCGGAUGCCGUCGAAGCCCCUGCGGAGCCGGACGGUGUUGAGACCAAGAGGGGCAAGACCUCCAAACCGGCUUCUUCGUCGAAGGCGAAAGCCAAAGCGGCGUCCAAAGCGAAGGUGAAGGCCAAAGCAAAGGUGAAGGCCAAAGCAAAGGUCAAGAAGGCAAAGGUUGCAGAGUCUGAGCAGGAAAAGGAGGUUGAAGAGUCUGACACGGUUGAGGGGCCGCCCAUGAAGAAGCCGGCAGCGUCGGCAUCGAAAGGAAAGGGGAAAGGGAAGCCCAAACGGAAAGCAGCGAAGUCGAUUUCAGGCGAGAAGAUCAGCAAUCCAUAUUGGAUCGGCAACUCAUCCCGUUGGGGCAUCAAGAUCAACGACUCUGAGAAGCUUCGAGUGGGCAACAGAUUCCUCGAUCGUGACCUAUGCUGGCAGAUCUGUGACGAUGCCGCCAACGACCUGAGACGUGGUAAGCCGCUGGAGGAGGUUGCGAGCAUGUGUGCGGCCCGCCAGAAUGCGCUGACGGCCAAGUUGCCGGAUGGGAAGCGCACGGAAGCCAAUGCUGAGAAGGAGCCUGAUAAUAAGGAGGAUGCCGCCGAGGAUGGUGCAGCAGCUGGCAGUGAUCAGGUGGAAGACCAGGAGGAAGGCGAAGAAGAGACCAAGGAACAUGAUGUUGCUGUUGUUCCGGACGCUUCGGAGUCGGAGUUGCCAAAGGCUGUGCCCGAAAAUGUGGACUGAAUGGAAGAGACUUCUGCAAAGCAGGAUUUGGC